AUGAGUUCUUCUAUAGAAACCGAGAUUCUGAACAAGUACAAUCUCACGACACUGUACCCCGCAACCUGGCCGCAGGAGAAGGACGAAGCCGACGAAGAGGAUACGUUCGACGAGCCCAUACCCAAAGCCACGAAACAAUCGAUACGGCGGUCCAAGUCACGAUACUCGGUUUUAGAGCCCAGUGCAAGAUUCUCGCGGCAGGUCCCGGGAGCAGAGCGCUCGAAAGAUGGCGUGGAGACGUUGGUUCAGAAGGAUGAACAGGACCCGUUGGGCAUGUACCCCAGUGUAGUGCAGGUGCUGCGGGCGAAGAACAUUCAGGUCGAGGAUGAUAUCAAGCUGCGCAAUCGCUUCCUCUUGAGCUCCACUACCUUCUCGCCCUCCCUCUUCCUCUCCCAAGUCCACAAUGAAGCCUCCACCGACUCCCUCCUCGCCGGUCUUGACUUCCUUUCCCGCUCGAUCGAGAAGAAGUCUGCUUCGCUCAAAGUCCUCGUCGAGUCCAACUUCGAUCGCUUCGUAGGCGCCAAAGCUACAAUCGACCGUGUAUACAAUGAGAUGCGGGACCAGGGGAAGGAGCUGGUGGAAGCGCCCAAUAAGGACCUACAACCUGGCACCGGCAGACCCAGGGCUCGAUCCAGCUUCUCGGGUCGAAAGACAAGCGCAUCUCUUACACCAGGCAUGGUUGACGCGGUGCCUGCGGAGAAGAGGAAGAAUGCGCUCGUCAAGGAGAGCGAAUACGGUGUGCAUGGAAUCAAGGUCCCGCUGACCGAAGUCGCUGUCAAAGCUGAGGAGGUCUGGGGCCCUGCGCUGAACGGACGGGAGCGGGAAGAGACAUUGAAGUCCAUCAUGGAGUCUGUGGAGCACCAUCGGGGUCUGUUCGAAGUCGGCUCAGCCAUUCAAGAUGCCAUACGCCGGAAGGACCACGAGACAAUCACCGAAGAAUACAAGCGCGCAAGGAAAUACGCAGACGAAGCCCGAUACAUUGUAGAACAGGCGACGUCUAAUCAGAGGCCGCUGACCGAUGCCGAGAUACAUCAAGUCAUUGUGACGGCUAGGAUGUGGUCAGACGUCGAGCGGCAGAUUGAGCGUUUCAAGCGCGAAUCCUGGAAGCGCUUGACUGCAGCGCACUUCACGCACCUACAGACUGGCACCGAAGACACCAAGUCUGACGAGUAUCUGAGCAUCAUCUCAAUCAUGCUCGAGCUGGGUGUGGAGGAGAACCCGAUUUGGGUGUGGUUGCUCUCACGCUAUGAGCACCUCAAGUUCCAGCUCAACUCCAAGUGCCAACACUCGCUCGUUGAGAUCGAGAUUCUUCGUCGUCAUCUGGCGAACGGCGAGAAGCCAAGCAUGCGCAUGCUGCAAAAGCAUCUGCGAUCAGUCCCUACUAGCAGCAACGUCAGCGCUGAGCCUUCGAAGCUUGACACCCCGAAAGUGACGGAGUUCUGGGAACACGUGUAUGCCUCAAUGACUACACUGCUAUCAAACAAAUCUGGGUUGCUCGCCGAGCUAGUUGAAUAUUGGGAGAUCGUUCAGUCGUUCCUCUCCAGUCGCGCGCAACGGAACUUACCAACGGGCCAUCACAAUCAAUCGUCUGUUCACCACCGGCUUAGUAGUGAGAAUAAAGCUGAGCUUGAGAGAGGUACGACUGAACUCAUCAGUAUCUUGCGGGAACAUCUGUUCUCGUUCUUCUCAGAUCCUCCCAUUGAGGAUGUGUCUAUGCUCAUGUCACCACUACCUAUGAGUCCGACACCAACCACACCUGGAACACCACUGAGCGCAGCAUUGAGUCCUAUGUCAGCAUCGAGAUCUAGGUUUGAUCCUGCCAAAGCACCGCCACCAUCACCUAGUCGCGGUGAGUCUUGGGAAAAGUACGCUUUCUGGCCUCCUAACGCGAAUGCGCUUUCUGGAUCUCACUAUCUGUCCAAGAUGCUUGUCCUUAUUGGCACCGCAGCCAACGAACUUGCAUCGCUUCAAGUUCCCGAGUCUGGAGGUAGCGGCCGCAUCGAUGAGGCACUGCGAUUGCUUCUUGGUGGUGUCCGUGAGCGCUGCAUCCAAGCUGUAUGUGCAGCUUGGAACACUGAUGCUGAGAAGUUGAAAGUGCUUGAGGAUUGGACUCGUCACGUUGAUCGCAAAGAUACCACGAACCUACCCCAGCGUUUCCUUGCAGUACAAAGCUUCCUACUCAACAACCUGCAAAAGAUACUCUACGUCGAAGCAUCAAGCAAGACCAGGGUGGACGUCGUUGUACCACCGAGCAAUAAGCUGCUGCAGAUGGUUAGAAGUCAGUUUGUCACCAGCUUGUACAGGACGCUCAGCGGAAUGGUCGAGUGCGCGGAGCGAGGCAGACAGGCCUUGGGUGCUGAGUUCGAGAUCAAGAGUGAUGAUCUAACCAUCGACGAGCAAGACGAUCAGAAUGGUAACGACUGGGGUAGGGUCGAUGCCAACAAGAAGUCCAUCCGCCUCCUCCUAACCCUCGCCAACAUGUCCGCCUUCCAGUCCGAAAUCACCCCCCAACUGCUCACCCUCUUCGAAACCCUCUUCAGCGUCCAACUAACCGACGAAACAAACCGCAUCCGCGACGUCCUCUCCCAACUCGACGCCCAACUCUUCCGCUCCUACACAAAACCCCACGCCACAAAAAUCCACUCUACAAUUGAAUCCGGCAUCUUCAGCCCCACCUGGGCACCUCCCCCCGACAACCGUAAAAGCGUUGCAGACCGCGACCCAAGCCCCUACGUCUUCACCGUACUCCUAGAUCUCGUAAUCGUGCACACCGAGUCGUCCACAACAUCCGCACCCCUAACCCCGCGCAUCCUCCGCUCCUUAUUCGAAGCCACAACAACCUCGCUCAUAACGACUUUCCAAUCCGCCAACCUCCCCACUAUCUCCCUCCCGCAACUCAUGCAAGCAACCCUCGACGUGGAGUUCAUGGCACAAACGCUCGCUUCGUACACCACAGAGAAGGCAUCGCAGAUCCAGACGGAUAUCUACCAGGUGCUGGAUCAGAAGACGGAUAAUGCGGCGAGAGUGAGGCUGCAGGAGGAGUUGGGGAGCUUGAGGGUAAGCUUGAAGAGGUUGAGGGAGGGGACUAAGGUGCAGUUUGCUUGCUUUAGGAGGGUUAAGAGGGGGACGCUUGCGGGUGGUGGGGCUGGGGAGGGGCAGGAGGAGAGGAGGGGGAGGUAG